CGCACGACGUUAGUCCCUUUUCUCGUUCAGUUUCUUCUCAAAACAUUCAACGAAACGACCGCACUUAUUACAUUAAAGGACAUUUUUAUCACUUCGGUUUAAUUCAAGUGCCGAAUACAUCUUGCGGUUGAUCGUUAAUUAUUGUACUGAUAUAUCAAUCUAAGUAACAGUAAAAAACAGUGUUGCAGUAAUCUUUCAAAGGUUCGCGAUUGGUUUGAGUAGUUAUUAGGUGUGUUUUUAAACAUUUAAUCAAACGUUUUUUCCUUCUUGAAAGAAAGAUUUCUUAAGCCCAAAGAUUUUUUGGUGUUCAAAAUUAGAAUCAUUUAUCGGAGAAAAAUUAUAUAAAGCAGGUGUAGCGGAUCACACAGAGGGCGCAGCAGCGGCUGUAGCAACCGCAUCGGUCACACUACCGGUCAGCUGUUUGUCGUUCGCGUCGCCUGAAUAAACCGGUAUGUCGGCGGCGGCGGCUGAGCCACCUGUUGCGACGGCACAGCAGUACGUCAGUGUUGAUAGUGCCGGCGCUGCGGUGGACGGUAACAUCGUUGACGAUAUGGAACCCGCCCCGGAAGAACGCGAUUUGGCCGAAGACGCCCGGUGGAAACUAAUUCAAAGGAAUACCUUUACGCGAUGGGCCAACGAACAUUUGCGGUCCGUCGAUAUGUUUAUCGACAAUUUAGAAACCGAUCUUAGUGACGGUCUUCGGUUAAUAGCCCUCGUCGAAGUUUUGAGCGGCAAACGGUUACCAUACGGUUACAGUAAAAAGCCGGCGUUCCGAUCACAGCGGUUGGAGAACGUGUCGGUUGUAUUGAAAUUUUUGGAAGAAGACGAACACAUAAAAUUAGUCAAUAUUGAUUCGUCAGACAUUGUCGACUGUAAGCUCAAAUUGAUCCUUGGAUUAAUAUGGACACUAAUUUUACAUUAUUCUAUCACAAUGCCUAUGUGGGGUGACGGCGACUACAACAGAGCACCCCAAGAAAAAGGGUUGUCCCCAAAACAAAGAUUGCUCAAUUGGAUUAAAAAUAAAUUACCUGAUGGUGUACCUGUUUCAAACUUCACCACAGACUGGAACGACGGUCGCGCUGUUGGCGCUCUCGUUGACGCCGUAGCCCCAGGCUUAUGUCCUAACUGGGCUGACUGGAAGAAAGGUCCCAAGGAAGAAGCAUUGAAAAAUGCUAAAGAAGCUAUGGAUCUUGCCGAUAAAUGGCUCGGUGUCAAGCAGCUUAUUAAACCUGAGGAGCUUGUGGGUGGUGCAGAUGAACAAUCGAUGAUGACAUACUUGUCUCAAUAUCCCAGCGCUAAAUUGAAACAAGGUGCGCCAAUUCGUCCUAGGACAAGUCGAAUAGCAGCACGAGUUUUUGGGCCUGGAGUGGAACCAACAGGUCCAGUUGCUGGUCAACAAACAUAUUUUACAAUCGACACAGAAGGAUCAAACGACAAAGGAAACGUUGAAGUUGUCGUAGAAAAUCCACAGGGUAAACGAGAACCAGUAAAUGUGGUACCAAAUAACAAUGGACGUAUAUAUACAGUAACUUAUACACCACUUAUGUCAGGACCAUACACAGUACAAGUUAAACAUGCUAGUGCCAAUGCUGCACGAUCACCAUACCGCGUUCAAGUAGCUGACCCUGUUGGCAAUCCAACCAAAGUUAAGGCCUUUGGACCCGGUUUGCAACCAGAAGGAGUAUUAGUUGCCAAACCGACUUAUUUUGAAAUACAUACCAAAGACGCCGGUGGAAAAGGAGUCCCCGAAGUUAUCAUCUUAGAUCCUGCUGGCCGUGAAAAUACUGUACACGCUAAAAUAACUAAACAAGCCGAUGGUGUUUACAAAUGCGACUACACAGCUAUUGCUCAGGGCGUACAUUCCAUCAACAUUUUUUAUGAUAAGCAACCUAUACCUCAUAGUCCUUUUACUGUACUUACAUCAAAUGCGUCUGAUGCUCGAAAAGUCCGUUGUUUCGGCCGAGGACUACAGUCACGAGGAGUUCGAGUAGGAGAUGAUGCCAAGUUCAAGAUUUUGACUGAUGGUGCUGGUGAAGGUGUGCCUGAAGUGAAUGUUAUCGGACCUGGAGGCAUUAAAGAACCGGUACUGAUGAAGAAAUCCACUGAUGAGCAUACGUAUGAUGUAAUGUACCAUCCAAGAAAACCAGGAAGGCAUGUGGUUAUGGUAACAUUUGCCGGUCAGGAAGUACCAAAAUCUCCAUUUGAAGUGCACGUUAUGUCUUACAAAGAAACUUUAAUUCGUGCCUAUGGACCGGGUCUCACGGGUGGCGUGGUUUCUUAUCCUGCUGUAUUUACCGUAGAUACAAAUGGCGAAACUGGUGCUCUAGGGUUCAGCAUAGAAGGUCCGUCAAAAGCAAAAAUCAACUGUAAUGACAACGGUGAUGGUUCAGCUGACGUUCAAUACUACCCCACUGCUCCAGGAGAGUAUGCUGUGCACGUCCUAUGUGACGAAGAGGAUAUACCAGGAUCUCCUUUUAUGGCCUAUAUUGUUCCAGCUCCUAACACAGAUUUCCAUCCUGAAAGAGUUAAAUGUUACGGUGAUGGAAUACACCCUAAUGGUGUAGAGCAGGGACAACGUACUCAAUUUACAGUCGAUACCAGAAAAGCCGGUACUAAAGCUCCAUUAGACGUUAAAAUAUAUGAUAAUGCUGGACACCUUGCUGCUGAACCAAUAAUGGUUAGAGAUAACAAAGAUGGAACCUUUGCUUGCGAAUAUGUACCAACAGCAGCGCCAGGAAAACAUACAAUUCAAGUAGCUUACGGUGAUGUUGCCGUACCUGAGAGCCCAUUCCGGGUUCCAGUAUCUCAGCCUGUAGAUGCUAAUCAGGUUCGGGUAUUCGGUCCUGGUGUGGCAAAAACUGGCAUAAAAUCCAAUGUGCCCACUCAUUUUACCGUUGAUUGUUCUAAUGCUGGUAUAGGUGAAUUAAAUGUUAACUUGGUAGAUAAUCGUGGAGUAGAUGUUCCUUUGAAAGUCAGUGAGAACGACGAUGGAUCUUUCCGUAUCGAAUACGUACCUCCAGCACCAGGUACGUACAAAUUACGUUGCACAUACGGAGGAGCUCCUGUACCCGGAUGCUGUCCUAUAGAAAUUAUGGCAUCCAAACCACCGGUAGAUGCUUCAAAAGUUCGUGUAGAUGGUCUUGAAACAGUGGCGGCAGUCAACAGCGUCCAAGAGUUCAGGGUGUGGACUCUUGAUGCGUGUCCAGGGGCUGCUGAAUUGGCUGUAAUGAUUACCGGCCCGUCCGGUGGUUCUGUAAAGGCGUACAUCGUACCCGUCGAUGGAGGAGGUUAUGCAGUGAGUUUUACGCCCAUUGAAUCCGGAGAGUAUCAGUUAAGCAUAACGGUGGCCGGAGAGACGGUAGUCCGCCAACACCGAGUGCGGUGCGUGCCGGCCGCCGGUGACCCAUCGAAAGUUUCAGCGUAUGGACCGGGUCUUAACCGCGGCCGUGUCGAUUGGCCAGCGCAGUUCACUGUAGAUACUAGAAAAGCUGGUGGUCGGGGCGGACUUGCCGUUACCGUAGAAGGGCCAUGCGAGACGGCCAUUGCGUGUCGUGAUAAUGGCGAUGGAACUUGCGCGGUUGCGUACACGCCUCGUAUGCCUGGCGACUACGCCGUUAAUGUCACGUUUGAUGAUCAACCAAUUCCUGGUUCACCGUUUAACGCCUUGGUACUUGGUAACCCAGCCCCAAACGUCAAAGUAUCCGGCAACGGUAUACAACCCUACGGAGUAUUUUUGGACUCACCCGCCGAUUUUAUAGUCGACUGUCGAGCUGUUAACACAUCUAGUCUAGGUAAAGGUCUACCAGGAAUUGUUACAUGUACCGUUACAAAUCCGUCAGGAGCUCGCACCGACACUUUGGUUGCUCCUCAAGGUGACGGCACAUAUCGCAUCAGCUAUACACCAUUUGAAGAAGGACCACACACUGUAGAGAUAUUCUAUGAUGGAGCUCCAGUAGUUGGAUCUCCAUUUACAGUUAAUGUAAAACGUGGUACAGACGCUUCUAAAUGUAGAGCUCAUGGUUUAGGACUUACCAAAGGCAUAUUAAAUUCAAUUAAUUCAUUUACAGUCGAAACUAGAGGAGCUGGAACUGGCAGUUUAGGUUUAGCUAUUGAAGGACCAUCUGAAGCGAAGAUGACAUGUCGAGAUAAUCGAGAUGGCACUUGUUCAGUUGAUUAUAUACCGACCGAACCUGGUGAGUAUGAUAUAAGCAUCAAAUACGCAGAGAAACAUAUCCCAGGAUCACCAUUUAAAAUAGGAGUCGACCGUAUAGUUGAUGCAAACAAGGUUAUUGUUACUGGUCAUGGUCUUAACUCUAAGUAUUGUAGAGAUGAUACACCCGCAACGUUCAAGGUAGAUGCUACGCAAUCUGCUCGAGGACAUUUAGAUGUAAAAAUGACAACCGACAGAGGACCUUUAAAACAAAGACCCAUUGUUAAUGAUAAAGAAGAUGGCACAUACGAAGUCACAUUUACUCCUGGACCCGAAGGUGCUUUACUUACAGCUAACGUAUUGUACAAUGGAGUUCCCGUACCAAAUAGCCCGUUUAAAGUUCGUGUACGACCUAAGUUCGAGUUAGAUAAAGUGAAAAUACAAGGGCCCGGUGUGUCAGAUGGAGGAGUAGGUGUAAAAGCUUCAGUGCCAACAUACUUUGUAGUCGAUGCCACCGAGGCUGGUACCGGAAAACUGGACGUGCGGAUUGUUGGACCAGACGGAUACCCAAGACAUGUAGAUGUUGAUAAAGUCGAUCAGAAUUUAUACAAAUGCAAAUAUACUCCUGAUGACUGUGGUAAUUAUUCCAUUGAAGCUUUGUAUGGAGGCACUCGGUUACCUGGUACCCCAAUUGCGGUUCAGUGUCACCCCACAGGAAACGCUUCAGAUUCUGUGGAUUCAAUUGCUGUCAGCAAACAACUCCCUAGAGAAUUUGCAGAACAAGUGCGGAUAGACGAACAUUUCGUCCAACGGUCAAGGACCUCAUCAGCUACAGAAUACAGGCCAGUGGCUUUGGAUAAAAUACCAAUACCCUCUUGUGCAGGAGGCAAUUUAACUGCUGAUAUCAAAAUGCCAAGUGGUAAAAUUGACAAGCCUUCCAUUGAAGAUAACCAUGAUGGUACUGUUUCUCUCAAAUAUGGACCUAAAGAAGAAGGACUUCACGAGCUCUACGUUAAGUACAAUGGUGAAAACGUCCAAGGAUCGCCUUUCAAAUUCCACGUUGAUUCCAUAACUAGUGGAUAUAUAACAGCAUAUGGUCCGGGACUAACUCAUGGCGUUAGUGGUGAACCAUCUAACUUCACCAUAUUUACCAAGGGCUCGGGCGCUGGUGGCCUUUCACUAGCUGUAGAAGGACCUAGUAAGGCAGAUAUCAGUUGUCACGAUAACAAAGAUGGCACUGUUUCCGUUACUUACUUACCGACAGCACCAGGCGAAUACCGUAUUUCUGUUAAGUUUGGCGAAAAACAUAUCAAAGGCAGUCCUUACGUUUCUAAAGUUACUGGCGAGGGGCGUAAAAGAAAUCAAAUAUCAGUCGGAUCAUGUAGUGAAGUAUCGCUUCCCGGAAAAGUCCUGGAUAAGGACUUUAGAUUAUUAAAUGCUUCCAUUCAAGCGCCUAGUGGUUUAGAGGAACCUUGUUUUGUCAAACGCUUGCCUAAUGGAAACUUAGGUAUAUCUUUUACACCAAGAGAAAUUGGUCAACAUACGGUGUCCGUAAAAAAAAUGGGGCAACACAUUGUUAAUUCGCCAUUCAAAAUAACUGUAGGAGAACGAGAAGUAGGUGACGCUAAGAAAGUUAAAGUUUCUGGAAACGGAUUGAAAGAAGGCAAGACUCAUAUUGAAAACCAAUUUUCAGUAGACACAAGGAAUGCAGGUUACGGUGGUUUAUCGUUAUCAAUCGAGGGCCCUAGUAAAGCGGAAAUUCAAUGCAAGGAUAAAGAAGACGGUACUUUGGAUAUAUCAUAUAGACCAACCGAACCAGGAUAUUAUAUCGUCAAUUUAAAAUUUGCUGAUCACCAUGUCGUUGGAUCACCAUAUACAGUUAAAGUGACAGGUGAAGGAAGCAAUUGUCAGCGAGAAAAGAUUGAACGAAAACGAGAUGCUGUACCUCAAACUGAAGUGGGCAGCAAUUGUAAACUUACUUUUAAAAUGCAAAAUGUGUUGCCUUUUGAUUUGUCAUCAACAGUUACCUCACCAGGUGGUAUCACUGAAGAUGCUGAAGUUAAUGAAAUCGAAGAUGGUCUAUUUGCCGUACACUUUGUUCCAAAAGAACUAGGAGUCCAUACAGUGUCUGUUCGCUACAAGGAUAUUCAUAUACCUGGAUCACCAUUCCAAUUCACCGUUGGUCCUCUUAGUGACGGUGGAGCCCAUAGAGUACAUGCUGGAGGUUCCGGCUUGGAACGCGGAGAACAAGGACAGCCAUGCGAGUUUAACGUUUGGACACGUGAAGCUGGACAAGGCUCGCUGGCCAUAUCCGUAGAGGGACCUAGUAAGGCUGAAAUCGAUUUUAAAGAUAGAAAAGAUGGGUCGUGUUACGUGAGUUAUACUGUCAGUGAACCUGGCGAGUACCGAGUAGGAAUAAAAUUCAAUGAUCAGCAUAUACCUGACUCACCAUACAAACUGUUCAUGUCACCAGCACAAGGGGAUGCGCAUAAACUUGAAAUUGCUCAGUUCCCUACAUCUGGCGUUACCGUAGAUUAUCCAGCGCAAUUCCUUGUCCGCAAAAACGAAGCCGUCGGUCACUUAGACGCCAAAGUGGUAGCACCUUCAGGUUCGGAAGAUGACUGUUUUAUUCAGAAUAUAGACCAAGAUAUGUACUCAGUACGUUUUAUGCCCCGUGAGAACGGCGUACACAACAUUCAUGUCAAGUUCAAUGGUGUACACAUUCCAGGUUCGCCGCUCCGUCUUAAAGUCGGUAAAGGCGAUGCCGACCCUGCAGCUGUUCAUGCAUCAGGUCCCGGUUUAGGUGAUGUUAAAACAGGUCAUAAGACUGACUUCCUAGUUGACACGUGUAGUGCAGGUGCCGGGACUUUAGCAGUCACCAUUGAUGGACCAAGCAAAGUAUCUAUGGAUUGUACAGAAGUGGAAGAAGGUUACAAGGUUAGGUACACACCUUUAGUACCAGGAGAUUACUAUAUCAGUCUUAAAUACAAUGGAUAUCACAUAGUUGGUUCACCAUUCAAAGUCCACUGUACAGGUGACGAUCUAGCUGAACGCGGUCCUCAAGAAACGAGCUCUGUUGUAGUGGAAACUGUUCAUAAAGUAUCCAAAAGUGGAAAAAUUGGAGGUAGUGCGGCUAUAUUACCACAUUUCAAAUCAAAUGCGUCCAAUGUGACAAGCAAAGGAAUGGGUUUAAAAAAAGCUUACAUAGGAAAGCAAAAUUUGUUCAACGUCAGUGCGUCUGAUGCAGGCAAUAACAUGCUUUUUGUUGGAAUGUAUGGUCCAAAAGGACCAUGUGAAGAAAUUUACAUCAAACAUAUGAAACAAAACAAUUAUCAGGUAUCUUAUGUGGUCCGUGACCGAGGUGAAUAUAUUUUGUUGAUCAAGUGGGGUGAUGAACACAUACCCGGAUCGCCGUUCAAAAUAGAGGCUUAAUUAAGAAAUUAAAGUUUGGAUGUUUAUCAAAGAGAGGGAAAAAAAGAUCUUUUUUAUUGUCAUUGCCAAACAAUAUUUUUUCGUCGUCAAUUCAAUAAUUCUAUAAAUUAUAUUCAGUUAUUUGUAAUAAAAAUCAACGAACCAAUUAUUGUAACUAUGAGCAUUUUAAAAAGGUCUUUUUAUACCUUUAAUGCUUAAUCACUAUUCAGCGAUCAACUAACCUUUUUAUCAUUAUAUGUACCACAGUUAUAUAUGUAUUAAUAAUAUAGUGUAAAUAUAUUUAUUA